UGAAUUUAAGGUAAGGUAAGUAAAAGUUAGGUACUUAAUUACAAUAAAAACAUUUAGUUGAUUAUAAGGUCAUGUCAUUAGCAGAUGGAGAAUAUGAUAUCGACCUUUCAGGGUUGAUAGAUGUACCAACAAAUUCUACUAAUCGAUUUGGAAGUAAUAUAGCUCUACGAUAUAAUUUUAUACCAGAUUCAAUGGAUCAAUCUAAACCACUUAGAUUAUAUCAAAGUGAUAAAGAUUGUCUAAUGAAGGCUAGUUCAGUAGAUGGAGGUGAUGAUAAACCUAUAAUAUUUGAAGCAAUACCUCAAAUAUCAUCGAAUGUUAAUAAUGAUUCUUAUUUCCUUUCUUUUUCAAAUACAUCAAAUACUUUACAAUUAAAUAGAUUACAGACAACUUAUAGAUUAAGUAAGUCUAGAAAUGUUUCCAAACUCUUACCAAAAAUUCAACAGUGGGAUAAAGCUCAAGAGACUGCUAAAUCAUCUCCUACUAAAAGGUCAAAGAAGUUAAAGCAAAAGAUAGAACCAAGAGAUUCAACUCCAAAACCAGCUCCAAUAGUAAAUUCUACGUCAACACUAAUGGCUAAGGUCAAGAAAAGUGAUUCUAAUACAUCCACCAUUUCACCAGUUCGUUCUAAACCCAAAUCACUUGUUAAUGUAUCUUCGAAGAGGCCUCCAACGGCCAAUAAUACCCCAUUAGAAGAACCGAUUAUUAAUGAAUCUGAUUUCGAUGAUUUAGAUGAUGACUCUGAUAAAGAUGAUAAUCUGGAUUUCCCAAUUAUCGAUUUUGAUAAUAAAGAGACUGAUGUUAAGGAUAUUAGACAACCUCAGAAAGUAGAAUCUGUAAUUACAAAACAAGAAAAGCAAUCUCAACCUCGAGCAAAAGUUAUAGAAAAAGUAAGUGAUGAUCCAGAAAUAGAAGAUGAUUUUAAAGAUUUAGAAGAUCAAUUACAAGAAGUUUUAGAAGAAGAUGAUGAAGAUGAUAUAAUUCUUACAGAACUUAGUCCCUUAAAGGUCACAGUUGAUAGUGAUGAGAGUGAUGCUGAUGAUCUUAAUUUUGGUGGUAUAAAGAUCGAUGUUAGUAACGAUGUUAAGCCAACAAAAAAGAAUAGAUUCACGACAAAUUGGAAAUCUGAUGGCAAACCUACUAGUUUAAGAGAUUUUGUAGGUGAUGAUAAGCGAGAUGAUGAUUUAAGUGUUAGUGAAGAAGAGUAAUAGUAAUUAGAUGGUUCAUAUAUUUAGCAUUAGUAGCAUACAUAUUUCCAUAGGCAUUAAUUAAAAUAGGCAAAUAGGCAUUAUAAA